GCCAAUUGGAUGGAAACCAAGCUCCAAGUUAGUGCAUCAACGCUUGUAAAUGUAGUUUAUUUUUGUGCUUGUUUAUUUAAUUUAAAUUGACUGUACCUUUGAUCGUUUCUCGAUGUAAAAACUCAAAGUCCCAUAAUGCAACGCUGAUUUUUAAUUUAUUUUUUUUGCGCAGUUUUCGGGGCAGUAUACAUUGUGACCGUGUGAGGGACAUUGGAUGACUUUGUGCCUGUGGUUAGCAGGGUUGCUUUGUAGUUAGUCCAUUUAUUUGACAGGUACAGCCUUUCUUUCCCAGAGCCAUGGAGGCCCUUAUCCCGGUCAUAAACAAAUUACAAGAUGUGUUUAAUACGGUUGGCGCGGACAUUAUCCAACUGCCGCAGAUUGCUGUUGUUGGAACGCAGAGCAGUGGGAAGAGUUCAGUGCUAGAGGCUCUGGUGGGGAGAGACCUUCUGCCCCGUGGUACUGGCGUUGUCACCCGUCGGCCCCUCAUCCUCCAGCUGGUCCAUGUGGACCCAGAGGACCGCAGGAAGACCAGCGAGGAGAAUGACCCCAAUGCUUGGAGAAACAUGCGCCUUUACAAAGGUGUCGACGGCGAGGAAUGGGGCAAAUUUCUACACACCAAAAACAAGAUCUACACAGACUUUGAUGAAAUCCGGCUCGAGAUCGAAGCUGAAACAGAAAGAGUUUCUGGCAAUAACAAGGGAAUCACGGAUGAACCCAUACACCUCAAGAUCUUCUCCCCUCACGUAGUCAACCUCACACUGGUGGAUCUGCCAGGUAUCACAAAGGUGCCGGUGGGAGACCAGCCCAAAGACAUCGAGGUGCAGAUCAAAGACUUGAUCGUGAAGCACAUCUCUAACCCCAACUCCAUCAUCUUGGCUGUGACUGCUGCCAACACAGACAUGGCCACCUCAGAGGCCCUCAAAGUGGCCCGCGAGGUCGACCCUGACGGCAGGAGGACGUUGGCUGUGGUGACCAAACUGGACCUAAUGGAUGCUGGGACAGAUGCCAUGGACGUACUGAUGGGUCGGGUCAUCCCUGUCAAACUGGGCCUCAUAGGAGUGGUCAACAGGAGUCAGCUUGACAUCAACAAUAAGAAGACUGUGGCAGACGCCAUCCGUGAUGAAUAUGCCUUCCUACAGAAGAAGUACCCCUCCCUCGCCAGCAGAAAUGGAACCAAAUACUUAGCCAGAACGUUGAACAGGUUGUUGAUGCAUCACAUUAGAGACUGUCUCCCGGAGCUGAAGACUCGUAUCAAUGUGCUGGCGGCCCAGUACCAGUCCCUGCUGAGUAGCUACGGUGAACCUGUAGAGGACCAGAGCUCUACUCUGCUGCAGCUCAUCACAAAGUUUGCCGCAGAGUACUGCCACACUAUCGAGGGCACUGCUAAGUACAUAGAGACAACAGAACUAUGUGGUGGAGCACGAAUCUGUUAUAUUUUCCAUGAGACCUUUGGUCGGACGCUGGAGUCCGUGGACCCACUGGGAGGUCUGACCACCAUAGACGUGCUAACAGCUAUUAGGAACGCUACAGGCCCGCGGCCAGCCCUGUUUGUGCCGGAGGUGUCAUUUGAGCUGCUGGUGAAGAGACAGGUGAAGAGACUAGAGGAGCCCAGCCUGCGCUGUGUGGAGCUGGUUCAUGAAGAGAUGCAGAGAAUCAUCCAGCACUGCAGCAACUACAGCACACAGGAGCUGUUGAGAUUUCCUAAGCUCCAUGAUGCCAUAGUAGAAGUGGUCACAUCCCUCCUCAGGAAAAGGUUACCAGUCACCAAUGAGAUGGUUCAUAACCUGGUGGCCAUCGAGUUGGCCUAUAUUAACACCAAACACCCUGACUUUGCUGAUGCCUGUGGCCUCAUGAACAACAACAUAGAGGAACAGAGACGUAACAGAAUGAGAGAGCUGCCCUCGUCUGUUCCUCGGGAUAAGUCCUUUAAGGGCCCAGGUGUUCAGUCUCUCUCCCCCACUGAUCUUCCUCCCCCAGAAGGAGAAAGACCCCAGACUGCAGGCGGUGGUUCCCAGGGAGACCAGGAUGUAGGGACAGGGAACUGGAGGGGCAUGUUGAAGAAGGGAGAGGAGGGGGUCGGCGGAGACAAGUCCAUGCUCCAGACCUCUAACCCUGGCAGCCCUCAGAGGGGCCACGCCGUCAACCUGCUGGAUGUGCCUGUUCCCGUUUCCAGGAAGCUGUCGGCCAGAGAGCAAAGGGACUGUGAGGUCAUCGAGAGGCUUAUCAAGUCCUAUUUCCUCAUCGUCAGGAAAAACAUCCAGGACAGCGUGCCCAAGGCGGUGAUGCACUUCCUGGUGAACCAUGUAAAGGACAGUCUGCAGAGUGAGCUGGUGGGUCAGCUGUAUAAGGCUGGUCUGCUGGAUGACCUGCUCACUGAGUCUGAAGACAUGGCCCAGAGACGCAACGAAGCUGCAGACAUGCUCAAGGCCUUGCAGAAAGCCAGUCAGGUGAUAGCUGAGAUCCGAGAAACACACCUGUGGUGAGGGCCUCUACCUCCACACUCUCUCCCUCCCACAUGGACCAUAAGCACUGAACCCUGUUCUGUCUCAAACCUACCUGGACUGCAGAGACGGCCAACUUGGAAAUACACUGGUGUCAAUUUGUGUUUAUUGACUAUCAUCAAUUCUCCAUCCUCUUGAAGUUGUCACUUCCACACUCCCCUGUCAUGGUUUUAAAAGCAAUGGAUUGGUGUAAGCCUUGGCUGAAGGGAGUUUCAACCAAAUCCAUGACCGGGAGUGUAAAACCACACACUUCUGGUAAUGAAGAAUGGGGACGCACAUUUGAAAAUAGUUGUAGAUUGUAUUAUGUGGACUUGACCUAUACAUUAUCAGUCUUCACCUGCACCACAUCGCACACCAAAAUGACCUUUCAUAUGGAAGUAUAGUAUUAAAUUAAUGAACGUGUGAGGUCAACCUACUGAAUAAUGUGGAGUUACAUUAAAGAUGUUUCCUCUAGUUUCUGGCUUGCUGGUAUGUAUGUAUGUA